ACGAGUAACGGGAACUCGAAUAGUACGGAGUCACAGGGAAAAAUGAUCGGUAACCUUGUGGAUCGCCCCGAUAGCUCAACAAUUAGUCCGCCGCCGAUGGCAACACUCGGUGAGAGCCUAACAAACUCCGAUGACAAACCUAUCGCGUUAAAGAAGAUACCUUUUUCACUCCACUCACCUUCAGCUGUCACAGGCGGAAAGGAAAGCCUUGCACCCGUAUCGCACAAGCUUGACAAACUCAAUCACAUCGCCUCAAACCUCGGCGGAAACAACAGGACUUCUCCGAUACCCGGAAAUAAUCCGCAUCAACAUGUAACCGGGGUGGAUCCUCCUACACAAGAUAAUAUUCGACGAUAUCGUACAGCAUUUACACGGGAACAGCUCGCCCGUCUUGAGAAAGAGUUCACUCGCGACAACUACGUUAGUAGACCACGUCGGGGAGAAUUGGCCGCAGCUUUAGGCCUUCCCGAAUGUACGAUCAAGGUCUGGUUCCAGAAUCGUCGCAUGAAGGACAAACGUCAACGGAUGACAUUCAACUGGUCGUAUGACCCCCAAUUAGCAGCGUACUUUAUGCAAGCGGCUGCAGCUGCCGCAACUGGUUACAUUGGCAAUAUGGCCACUGGAGUCGGCAUACCUCCUGGCUAUCCUCAGCUUCCGGGAGGCCUUCCAUUUCCUUACUAUGCAGCUGGCGGAUGUGCGCCCGUUCCACCACCGAGCCCAAUGACUGGUUCCGGCUACCCUGUGUCGCUUAGUGACCUGGAACGCACCAAAUCGCCUGUCGCCUUGAUCGUUUCAGAGCCCCAGAAGAGUUCUUCACCCCUGCCAGUGCCUCUGACGAGCCCCACGCCAACCUCGUCACCCACAACUCCCACCAGCCCAGCACCAAUGGCCACUCCUUCAACUACAUCGCCAUCGGCACAACCCAAACUCUUUCGACCAUUCAAGGAAAUCUAGAAGGCUUCACGGAGAUUUCUAGAUGACUUGACACCUUGAAUUCUACUACCCGUAUUGCGACAAACUUCGUUUCAAAUAGAAAUUUUGUGACUGGAGAAUCUUUAUGUAAAAGCAAACGACAGAAACGUGGCUGGUACACCUGCAGCUGUACGCUUGAGUAGCACCCACGCUUUGUAUACGUACAAGUUUCUAUAGAAAAAGCAGAAAAUCGACAGAUAACGUUUUAGCAGUAAAUAUGGAGAAGUAUAUAUGUUCACUUACCCUAAAAAACGAAGAACUAUAAGCUCAUAGAUACAUAACAGCACGGACACACGCCAAACAUUUUGAGACGGUUUCGCGUUUUUGAAGCGUUUCGCAAGAAUCUUAUUCUCAGAGUAGCUUUCCGUUUUGGAGACAUGUUGA